CCCGUGACGCAACGACGCUUCCGCUUCCUGUCCCGCCCUCGCCCCGCACGCGGAGCCCCCCGAGCGCGCGCUGCCGCCGCCGCCUCUGAUUGGUCCCGGCCGGACACCGGGAGGCGCCGAUUGGGCGGUGCCAAAGGGGCGGAGCCGGAUACCCCGAGUGGGCGGAGCCAGCGCUCGGCGGGGGCGUGGUCGGAGCCGGGGGCGGGGCCUGCGGCGAUGCCCAAGCGCAGUAAGAAGGAGGCGGCCGAGGGCGACGCCGGGCAGGAGCCGGCAGGGCGGCGCCCCCCGAAGGCGGGGCGUGUCUCGCCCACGCCCAUCUACGAGGACCCGCCCACGCGGGAGGCGGGGCCGGGCGGGCAGCGCUUCACCCUCAAGUUGAGCUCCUGGAACGUGGACGGGCUCCGGGCCUGGGUGCGCAAGGGGGGGCUCCAGUGGGUGCAGGAGGAGGCCCCCGACGUCCUCUGCCUGCAGGAGACCAAGUGUGGGGGGUCGGCCGUGCCCCCCGAGGUCCGCGCCCUCCCCGGCCUCCCCCACCAGUUCUGGGCCAGUGCCGAGGGCCGCCCCGGCUACAGCGGCGUGGGGCUGCUGGCCCGCCACGAGCCCCUCAGCGUCACCUACGGCAUCGGCGAGGAAGAGCACGACCGCGAAGGCCGGGUGGUGACGGCCGAGUUCCCGGCUCUCUUCGUGGUGGCGGCCUACGUCCCCAACGCCGGGCGGGGGCUGGUGCGGCUGGAGUACCGCCGCCGCUGGGACGCCGCCUUCCGCGCCUUCCUCGCCCGCCUGGACGCCCGCAAGCCCGUCGCCCUCGGCGGCGACCUCAACGUCGCCCACGGCGAGCUCGACCUGCGGCACCCCCGCGCCAACCGCCGCACGGCCGGCUUCACCCCCGAGGAGCGGCAGGGCUUCGGCGAACUCCUCGACGCCGGCUUCCUCGACACCUUCCGCCAUCUCUACCCCGCCCUCCCCCACGCCUACACCUUCUGGACCUACCUGGGGGGCGCCCGCGAGCGCAACGUCGGCUGGCGCCUCGACUACUUCGUCAUCUCGCGGCGCCUGGAAGGAGCCCUCUGCGACAGCAAGAUCCGCUCCCGCGUCCUGGGCAGCGACCACUGCCCCAUCACCCUCUACCUCGCCCUAUAGCCCGCCGUCAAUCCACCCAAAUUGCCCCAAAAUCGGGUUUGGGUGAGGUCAUCGUGGUCACUCUGGCAUCUCGAUGACCUCGUCAACCUCUACUUGGCCAUAAAUCCACCCAAAUUGCCCCAAAAUGGGGUUUGGGUGAGGUCAUCGUGGUCACUCUGGCAUCUCGAUGACCUCGUCAACCUCUACUUGGCCAUAAAUCCACCCAAAUUGCCCCAAAAUGGGGUUUGGGUGAGGUCAUCGUGGUCACUCUGGCAUCUCGAUGACCUCGUCAACCUCUACUUGGCCAUAAAUCCACCCAAAUUGCCCCAAAAUCGGGUUUGGGUGAGGUUAGAACAUUCCCAGGAGGGUCUUGAUGACCUUGUCAACCUCUACUUGGCCAUGAAUCAACCCAAAUUGCCCCAAAAUUUGGUCUAGCUGAGGUCAGAACGGUCCCAGAAGUGUCUUGAUGACCUCAUCAACCCCUACUUGGCCAUAAACCCAC